UUUUUUCUGAAAGGGGCUUCAUUGGCCUUGGUUCCUUAAAACUGAUGUUAUGCACAUCCUCAAAUGUGAUAUACCAGUUAAAACUUUGGCUAUAUAGCCAGUGUUUCCAAUUGUAUCCUAUUACAAGGAGAACAGAUUUUUUUUUUUUUUUUUUUGGCUUUGUUGGGUCUUCAUUGCUGCCUGUGGGCUUUUUCUAGUUGUGACGAGUAGGGGCUACUCUUUGUUGCAGUGCUCGGGCUUCUCAUUGCAGUGGCUUCUCUUGUUGUGGACCAUGGGCUCUAGGUGUGCGGGCUUCAGUAGUUGCAGCGCACAGGCCCUAGAGGGCAUGGACUUCAGUAGUUGUGGUACACAGGCUCGGUAGUUGUGGCUCUCGGGCUCUAGAGUGCAGGCUCAGUAGUUAUGGAGCACGGGCUUAGUUGCUCUGUGGCAUGUGGGAUCUUCCUGGACCAGGGAUCUAACAGGUGUCCCCUGCAUUGGCAGGUGGAUUCUUAACCACUGAGCCAUCAGGAAGCCCCGAGAACAGAUUCUUAUUGAACUUCUGCAAGUAACUAUAUUGUCAUGCAAUUAAGAACACUCACUAUGAGUUUCUGAAUUCUGGAGGAAUCAGGUAGAGAGAAACAGAUAAAUGUUUCAAUUCUUUUUACAAAGAUAUACUUUACCACUUUACCAACUUGCUUUAAGUUAUAGAGAGCUUAAGAGAAAAGGUUUCCUUAAAUUUGUUACAAUGUUAAAGAACCAGAAGUGUUUUUAACAAAAACUUGUAAAAAUUAAAAUCAUUCUCAUCAUUUUCUUAGUCCCAUGUAACUAUUCUUGUUUUGUUUGAUCUGGGGUUAGUAGUUUCAUGAAUCCAUUAAUUUUUCCAUUAGAGUUCUGGAAAUUAUUACUUAGUUCAAUGGUAUGAUCUUAAAGUUAUUGGAAAUCUGUAUUCUAGAGUACUUGUCAGUGUUGUUUUCAUGAAUCUUUUUGAAGACAAGCAAUUUUGGAUCAUAGCUGCUUAUUAAAACUUCAGGAAAGCAUCAGAGUAAAACAAUAACUAUUUGUAAAUGACAAAAGACUUAAAAAUGGUCAUGGUUAAAGAUCUAAUGAGAGGGGCUUCCUAGGUGGUGCAGUGGUUGAGAAUCCACCUGCCAAUGCAGGGGACACGGGUUCGAUCCCUGCUCUAGGAAGAUCCCACGUGCCGUGGAGCAGCUAAGCCCGAGCACCACAACUAUUGAGCCUGCGCUUUAGAGCCCGUGAGCCACAACUAUUGAGCCCCUGUGCUGCAACUACUGAAGCCCAUGCGCCUAGAGCCCGUGCUCUGCAACAAGUCACGGCAAUGAGGAGCCCGCGCACCACAAUGAAGAGUAGCACUCACUGCAACUAAAGAAAGCCCAUGCACAGCAAAAAAGACCCAACACAGCCAAUAAAAUAAAUAAGUUAAAAAAAUAAAUAAAUAAAAUAAAAGACUUUGUCUUAUAAAUAAAAAAAAAUCUAAUGAGAGUUCAUUCUAAUGCAGGGGACAAUGAAAUUUGGUUAUUUCUGUGAUACACAAAAUUUUAAGAUGAUAACAUCCCACCCCCCAAGCUGGCAUUAGUCAGUAGGACACUAACUACAAAUGAGAUGCAGCCCACAUUUCUGUCUGGCUAUAUUCUUGUGGCCCCCAACCGUACAGUGGAGCUGCUUGCACACACAAGAAUUAAUAACCUGCAUGCUUGGACAGGCAGAAAGCCAACCCCGUUUCUCAGGACAUAAAAUGAGACAAACAGGAAAGUAAUAGCUGUCCCUGGGAAGGCAAAGAUCAGAAGUCAAUGAGUACACCAAAACCAAUUCACAAAAGUCACAAUUUAGAAAACUAAUUUUUACAAAUGCUCUCCUGCUAAUCUGAAUUUGUAAAGGAAGGGACAAUGUGAAAUUUUAGCUUCCUCUCCUAGUCUUCUCUCCUGUGAUUAAUAGUCCUCCUUGAUUGAUGAAGCUCCUUUGGGGAGGGGAUUUAUGACAGUUGAGUUCCUUUUAGAGGGUUUACCUUUAAGCAGGUAAGGGAAAUUCAGGGAAGGUCUCCCUGCAUUUGAAUACCUACAGCUCAAAAUAAUCAGUAUGUCAAAGUGGCAUACUUUGGGGGUGGCAUAUUUUGCUUCCCAUCACCACCUUUUAUAAAUUAGAAUAUUGAAGGUCAGACAGAUCAAAUAAUUGGCACUACGUCCUACAUACAGUCUUUGGGCUGCCUCAGUUAUAUUUGAAAUGGAUAUAGUUUGUAUCCUCAAAUGUGUCUUUCACUCAGUAGAAAGUCAAUAUAUUGAAUGAGGGACUGGAUAAAUAUUAGAAUCAACUGAAAUAAUCUCUCCCUUAAAACCUAAUCAUCCUUCAGUAGCUAUGAAGUAUAACUUUUAAGUUUCUUUCCCUUUCCUAAAAGUUUUAGAGAGGGAGCUUUCUACAAGUAAGUCCCCUACAUGUGAACGAGUUCCCUUCUGAGAGUGCAUUCUUAAGUCCAGUUUGUUCCUAAGUCCAACAAAGUUAGCCUAGGUACCCAACUAACGCAAUCGGCUAUGUAGUACCGUACUGUGAUAGGUUUAUAAUACUUUCCACACAAAUAAUACAUAAAAAACAAACAAAAAAUAAAACAUUUUUAAUCUUACAGUACAGUACCUUGAAUAGUACAGUAGUACAGUACAACAGCUGGCAUACAGGGGCUGGUACUGACUGGAGGAGGGAGAGGAGGUGGGAGAUGGUAGAGCUGAAGAAUCGUCAGCAACAGGAGAUGGAGGGCAAGCUGCAAUUUCACACAUGCCUGACCUUGAUGGAAUGCACGUUCACAUCUUUGAAAGUUCGAAACUUAAAGGCAAAUGAAGAUAAAACAAUGUCAGCCAACCUGAAAUACCUUUCCUUGGGGAUUCUGGUCUUUCAGACUACCAGUCUGGUACUAACAAUGCGUUAUUCUAGGACUUUAAAAGAGGAGGGGCCUCGUUAUCUAUCAUCUACAGCCGUGGUUGUUGCUGAACUUUUGAAGAUAAUGGCCUGCAUUUUAUUAGUCUACAAAGAGAGCAAAUGUAGUCUAAGAGCACUGAAUCGAAUACUACAUGAUGAAAUUCUUAAUAAACCGAUGGAAACACUUAAACUUGCUAUUCCAUCAGGGAUAUAUACUCUUCAGAAUAAUUUACUCUAUGUGGCACUGUCAAAUCUAGAUGCAGCUACUUAUCAGGUCACAUAUCAGUUGAAAAUUCUUACGACUGCAUUAUUUUCUGUGUCAAUGCUUAGUAAAAAAUUAGGUGUGUACCAGUGGCUCUCCCUAGUAAUUUUGAUGACAGGAGUUGCUUUUGUACAGUGGCCCUCAGAUUCUCAACAGCUUAAUUCUAAGGAACUUUCAGCUGGCUCACAAUUUGUAGGCCUCAUGGCAGUUCUCACAGCAUGUUUUUCAAGUGGCUUUGCUGGGGUUUACUUUGAGAAAAUCUUAAAAGAAACCAAACAAUCAGUGUGGAUAAGAAACAUUCAACUUGGUUUCUUUGGGAGUAUAUUUGGAUUAAUGGGUGUAUAUGUUUAUGAUGGAGAACUGGUAUCAAAAAAUGGAUUUUUUCAGGGGUAUAACCGGCUGACCUGGAUAGUUGUUGUCCUUCAGGCACUGGGAGGCCUUGUAAUAGCUGCUGUUAUUAAGUAUGCAGAUAACAUUUUAAAAGGAUUUGCAACCUCUUUGUCUAUAAUAUUAUCAACACUGAUAUCUUAUUUUUGGCUACAAGAUUUUGUACCAACCAGUGUCUUUUUCCUUGGAGCCGUCCUUGUAAUAACAGCUACUUUCCUAUAUGGUUAUGAUCCCAAACCUGCAGGAAAUCCCACUAAAGCAUAGUGGUAAUACUGUCUUUAUCUGGUUUUUCACAAUGGUGCACUGGGAAUCUCAACAUUAAUCCUGCACAGAGGACUUCUACAGAUUGUACGAAAAAAAUCAUCAUGCUGAUUCUGAUCAUAAUAUUCAAAUGGUUUGAAAAUAUAAAAGUUUAAGGAUAAAAUAUAUGUAUAUGUAACAAAAUGCCUAUUGCAUCUAGAAAUCAAAACUUGAAAGUGUUUCCAGGGAUUAGAAUAAUUAUUGGAGGAAACUUGAAAUCUGAGUUUAAAGAGAUUUUAUGUUUUUGAUUGCUGCAGAAAUAUCCUAUGCACUCUUUGCAAGAGCACACAACAAAUGUCAGAUAUCAAUUUUGCAAAUUAGAUAUAUUUAAUCUUAUUAAAUGUUUUUUAUCUUUUUCUGUACAGAUAUAUCAAAUAACAUGGAUAUUGAUAGUCAAAGUUUGAAAAUUAUAAUUACCUAUAAAGCUGUGAAGAAAUAGAAGUAUGAUUUGAAAAACAUUUUCAUGUAUUUCAGAUUUUUAUAUUUAUACAGAAGAUUACUAAACAAAGGAUUGCUAUAUGUUGCAAAUGUUCAAAUGCAUAAAAAUUGAUAAAGUAACAUUCUGGGUCUGAUUUGUCAGAGAAUAGAAUUCGUAUUUAAAUUUAAUGUAAAGACAUAUACACAUCUAUUUCUCCAUCUACAAUUUAAGAUCUUUUAGUGCUUCAAAACUGCUGAAAGCAAUCCAGUUGUUCCUGUGCUAAUAGCCAGUGACUUUUACACUAAUGGAGUUUUGUCCUUUAUCUCUUAAUUGUAUUUCUUUUCUGUAAAUCAGAUAAAUCCUUAAUAUUACUUAAAAAUAAAUUUCUCUGUGUGUUAAUUUCCA